AUGGGCCGGACCCUCCGCCUGGCCGCCAGCGUCCCCCGCGGCCUGGCCGCCCUCCGCGGCGCCGCCCGCGACGGCUUGAUCUCCUCCCCUCCCCAGAUUCGGCGCCUCGCCGCCAAGGCGCGGCGCAGGCGAAAGUGGUACGCGCCCAAAGCCCAGGCGGGACCAGUCAGCGAUGCUUCGACGGAGUCUGCCGCCGAGAGGGUGGGGAGCGAGGAUGCGGCGGGGGAAGGGGCGGAGGAGGGGCAGCCGGCGCCUUCAAGCGCGGCGAUCGGGAUGGAUUGGGAAUCGUACAAGAUUCCGCACAGGUUUGUGGGGUUCAACCCCAAGCGUCUAGACUUGGAAAACCUGCCGCGAAUCCGGAAGGAUGUGGAUGGGAAGCCAAGUCGGAUGAUGUGGCACGGGACAGAGUGCCAAAAGUGUGGGCUGCAGGUGCGACGAGAGAAGCGCACCAAUCGGCAGGCCAGCUUGAACAUUUACGCAGACGAGAAGAUCCCCCUGGACAUGCUGAGGUCCUGCCCAGAGGAGAAGAAGUACCCCCUGCUGUGGAGGAGCCGGGACCCGUUCCUGGCCCUGGACAUACUGGGGGUUGAUGACUAA